AUGUUGGUGACCAAAGUGGAGUCAGCGUCACGGCGUCCAGCUUGCGUGCUCGCGUGGACCAUGUUCGGUUGCAGGACGUCAGCGGUAGCCUUUUCCAUGAAUUUCGCAAAGCUGCUGACCAGGGCCUCACAUCCUACUACCUCAACCAGAACAUAA